ACACCUUAAAAACAGGCUUCUCCAGCUCAAGCAGUAGUCGUCAUGGAUAUCCCAAUCGCCGGUGUAUUACCUCUAGAAGAGGUCGAAGUCAUCAACAUGACCAAUUCUAUUCAUUCUUGUGGGCACUGCCAAAAGCUCAUCAUCAAUUUCAGAGAAUCGACGACGCUAGGUGGUGUUGCUGACUGCAUACAGGUUGACAGACCGAGUAUAAUGUCUGCCCUGGCAGGUGGGUGUCUACUGUUCCAGCAUAUGAACAGGAUGCUGUCCCAGCAUCUGAACACCGCCGGGGUGAGAGGUAGACAUUCAAAACCAAACCCUUCAGGGACAUCUCAGAAUACGCAUAGCCAGUUUGUCCUCACGCUAGAAUUCACGUCGAAGCGGAACAGAGCCGGCGAUUUGUACUGGGCGACAGUCCAUUGGCAUUUUCCAGGAGAACCGCCUCAACUGGACAACGAGGCGGGUGGCUUAGCUGUGUCCGCUUUCUCCAGUGAGCCCGUCGCAUCCUUUGUCACCACCAGGCCCAUAUUGCCUAGAGUGACAGUCGACGGUGUUUGCGGGCUAGCGAAAACUUGGCUGAAUGAUUGCCAUUCAGGACAUCAAAAUUGUCCCAAGCACCAAACAACUUUCAUGCCUACAAGACUGAUCGACCUUCGGUCCUUGGAGAAUGGCUGCGCCAGAUUGCACGCCCCGACUCCUGCCGAUGUUACAAAGUAUGCUGCAAAGUAUGCUGCACUCAGUUAUUGUUGGGGUCCAUAUAACCAUAUGACAACAACCAAGGCAUCCCUAUCUGACCGGAUUAAUGCGAUUCACAUCCAUUCGCUUCCACAGUCAAUACAAGAUGCAAUCUCGGUUACCCGCGGAUUAGACAUUUGGUUCCUCUGGGUGGACUGUCUUUGCAUCGUCCAGGACGAUGGAGAAGAAGUCUCCAGGGAAAUUGCUGGCAUGCCAGACGUGUACAUGGGUGCCUAUGUGACAAUCACGGCAUCUUGCGCGACGGGGAGUCAUGAGGUUUUUUACAGGUGCCGACCUCCUGCAGAAGAUCCCUUACAGUUCCGGAUACCCUACCAAAUUAGCGGCAAGCAGGGUGCCGUGAUUCUUACAACAGAGAUUGCUCCGUAUCAUGUUGAGGAGCCACUAUCUACACGUGGCUGGGCAUUGCAAGAACGCCUGCUGUCACCAAGAGUGUUGGAAUUUGCGUCCAGGCAACUCCGAUCGUUAUGCCACUCUCGGAUUUAUUCUGACGCUGGAAUGAUGUACGACGAUCCUCUACAGCAGGUCGCACCUCUACCCAUCCGAAGUCCUGCCCCUCCUCGACGUUAUCCUGGAGAUGGGCCACUCGCUCACUGCGGAUUUCCAGAAUGGGACCACAUCGUUUGGAAAUAUACAAGUCGAUCUCUAACCAUGCCAAAGGAUCGGCUGCUCGCCAUUUCUGGUAUUGCUAAGGUGUACAGCGAGGUUCUUAGGUCUGACUACCUCGCCGGUCUUUGGAGGGUGGAUCUUCUUCACGAUCUGGCAUGGAUGAUGUGCCAGGUCCCCAACAAGCAACCGUUACAGAAACGUGCGCCUUCCUGGUCAUGGGCUGCAAUUGACGGAAUGAUCGUCUCCGGUCCUUUGUCUCGACCGAGAGCGCAGUAUGCUGCUGAAGUCGUUGAAUGCGAAUGUCUACCGGUGAGUAGUUCUGCACCUUUUGGUGCGGUCAUCAAUGGUGGCUUUUUAAAGAUCCCGUCGUUUGUGAGGCGGGUGUCGAAACCGAUAUUGCUUCACAACUCACUGGUACGUAUUUGGUUUGAUACUGUCGAAUCCAGUAGAUGGAGUAUCCAGAAGCAGUGGUUUCUCCUCUUAUAUCCACAUUUACGCUUGGGUGAUGGUGAUACGCCUGCGGAAAGAGCUGUGGAGAUGUAUGGGUUGGUCCUGGCUGAGCAGGGGCAAGACUUCGAAAGAGUAGGCUUUUUCUCUCUUUAUCUUUCUUUCGUUCCUGACGAGAAUCUCCAGCGGUUUUACGGGUUAGAGCAUUGGGAAUAUCGAACCUUAACUAUACUGUAGUUAGAAGGGAACCCAACGCAUCGAGCUUGCUGACACUCACUUGUAAAGCUCAAGCCCUACUAGCUCGUCUAGCC